AUAUAUCCCGGCAGCGGCAGCGCAGCUCCAUCCCACUCAUCCCACCCAGCCCCUGCAUGUGACUCGCGAAACCGUCGUCCAUCCAGACGGGAGCGCCAGCGCGCGCGCAACAACAGAGCCAACUCUCCUCUCAGCUCGCGCUCCCCCGGCAAGCCACGAUGGCGCCCUCCUCCACCACGGCGUCGGCGGCGGCGGACGAGAGGGACCGCAAGCGCAAGCGCGGGGCCGGCGGCGAGGCGGGGACGGAGGCCGACGCGGAGAGGGCGCCCAAGUGGCGGACGCGGCGGGAGCACGAGAUCUACUCCACCAGGCUGCUCGACGCGCUGCGCCUCGUGCGCGCCGGGGCUGGCGUCGCCCCGUCCCCGUCCCCGGCGCGCCAGGUGCGCGAGGCGGCCGACCGCGCGCUCGCCGUCGCCGCCCGCGGCCGCUCCCGCUGGAGCCGCGCCAUCCUCGCCUCUCGCCGCGCUCACCGCGUGCACCGAGUGCGCCUCCACGCUCCGGCCCCUGCGCCGGCGCCUGCUCUAACACGGCCCGCUUCACCCGGCGCGUCCUCCUCCGGCUCGACCUCGGCACAGGCACAGACGCUGGCGAGGAAGGCGAAGACGCUGGGGCGGCUGGUGCCGGGGUGCAGGAAGCUGCCGUUCCCGGCGCUGCUGUCCGAGGCGUCCGACUACAUCGCCGCGCUGGAGAUGCAGGUGCGCGCCAUGGCCGCGCUCGCGCAGGCGCUCUCCGCCGUCGCCCCGCCGCCGUGAUCCAUCCAUCCGGCCGCCACAACCCCAAGAUCCCCCGCGAAUUGCCUCGCCUCAGCGACGCGCGUCGGCGCAUGUACAUUUUCCUCCCCGUGCCGUGCCGCUCCAGUGUGUGACGACGAAUCGACGACACGCCACGCCACGCCGGCGAUUGUCAACCCGGCCGGCCGCGUGCAUGCUAGGAAGAAGAAGAAGAAGAAGAAACAGUAGCCGUUCAUUUGUAGAUUCUUGUUAGCGUUUUGGUUUUGGUUUGGGUGUGUGUCCGCUAAGCUAAAUCCGUAAAUGCACGAGAGAGAUUUCCAGUACAAUCUUUCGGAGUGAUGUGUUCUCAUCAGCAAGCACGUACGAGAUCGCCGUUUUCUUUGACAA